AUGGAUUUUCUCAAGGGGCAUUUCAUUGGUCAUGAUGGGAAGUGUUUCUACAAGAAUAAGGCGUACAGCCAUGGCCAGAAGUGGGAUGAUGGAUGUGACUAUGAGUGUGUCUGUGAAAAUGGCCAAACUGGAAGCUACAGAUGUUAUAACAAGUGUCCCCUCUACUAUGAUCUUCCAUCAACAUGUACGCUGGUUGCGACACCUGGGGAAUGCUGUCUGAAGCCAGUGUGCAAUUUCCAACAGAACGUACAGAUAACUGAGGGGUCUGGAUUGGGAAAAACACCCAGUGGAAUAAGUGUGUGUGAGUACGGUGGUAAACAGUACUAUCAAGACCAGACCUGGGAGGUGGGCUGUGACUUCAAGUGCUCAUGUUUCAAUGCCAGAUCAGGAGCGUACAGAUGCCAGUCAUACUGCCCAGUAUAUUCAGGUUUGCCCUCGAUCUGCAAGCUGGUCAAAUCACCAGGAAGUUGUUGUGCCACGCCAUCAUGCAAAUUCAACCAGCAGGUCGGCAGCUUCACAGGAACUGGUUCUGUUAGCUCUAGUGGCUCAGGAACGCACCCAACACAACCACCGGUGUGCCAAGACGUUCUUGGAAACUGUCAGUCAUACAGUACCGACGCCUGCAAGGGAAGUUUCCUGUCCUGGUCCAGACAAAACUGUCGCAAAUACUGCAACCUCUGUGAUGAGCAUCCGACCCCGAGUCCUUCAGAUGUGUGUAUCUACAACGGAGUCCGCUAUCACCAGGGUGUGUCGUGGAGGGACGGCUGUGACAAGGAAUGCACCUGUGAACAGGCCAUCUACGGAUAUUACAGAUGUGUCAACAGAUGCCCGACGUACAGCAACUUGCCAGCCGGCUGCUACACUGCCAAGAAGUCUGGUGACUGCUGUGAGAGUGUGCAGUGCACCAGAGGCACGUUUGUUCCGUCCUCGACCAACCUGCUGUCAAUCGGCAAUGGCGGUGGCAUGACCAUCAUGGGUCCUGGAGGACACAUCAUCAACGUGUUGCCCACCCUGCCUUCUGGUGGAACCCCUGGCAGUGGAGGAACAGGAAUGCAGUCUAAUAGAUUAAAUGGAUGUUUGUUCAAAGGCCAGCUGUAUGUUAAGAACCAGCAGUGGACCGAUGGAUGUACACAGAUAUGUGUCUGUGUUGAUGAGACUACUGGAAUGUAUCAGUGCAGAUCAAGAUGCCCAGAUUACCAGUCGGUUCCUGCACAAUGUGCACGCGUGGCCGAUCCCAGCGACAUAUGCUGUACGGUGCCUCACUGUCCACAGCUGGGCUACGUCCCAAUCCCGUUCUACGGGCAGAGUGUCAAGAACAUCGGCGCUGUGAAACCUCCCAGUUACACUGACCUCGUCUCGGGGACGUUCACCUUCAUCAACACCAUCGACUUCUCCGGGGGGACCGUCGCCCCUCCCACUGCACCAUCAGUGACAUCUGGUGGUGGGAUAGGUUAUUGCGAGUACAAAGGUAAACAUUACAGCCAGUCACAGCGAUGGGAAGAUGGCUGCCAGUACAACUGUGUCUGUGAAGAUGCCUCCACUGGAUUCUGGAGAUGCGUGGAAAAAUGCCGUCAAUACAACAACCUGCCGAAGCCUUACUGCGGGCUUGUUCCCGACCCAUCCAACAGUUGCUGCAAGGUGCCUCACUGCGUGUUCCCAGCGCAGGUGACCGAUCUGAUCGGCACUCUCACUCAGCCGCCGUUCACUGUUCCUGUGAAUCCAAACACGCCUCCCAGCCACUUCAUACCAACCACACCGAAACCUGCGUACUGUGAGUACCAAGGCAAACACUACAGUCAGGCCCAAGUGUGGUAUGAUGGCUGCAGCUCCAAGUGCGUGUGUGACAACGCUCAGAUGGGAGUCUACCGGUGUACACAGAGGUGUCCAGAAUACAAAAACAUCCCUACAGUUGGCUGUACACUGGUGCCCGACCCGAAAGACCCAGUGUGCUGUAAGAUCCCAGAGUGCCACUUCACUCCAACAUCUGGCUCCAUUAUGGGACACGGAAAUCCACCCACGCUCCCUCCUGGUUCAUUUGUCAACCAACCCAACCCAAAACCUAUUGGUCACUGUGAGUACAAGGGUCAGACGUACAAACAGGCUGACAAAUGGACGGAUGGAUGUCAGUACACAUGUACUUGUGAGGAUGCUGUGCAUGGACAGUACAGAUGUACAGAGAUGUGUCCCAGAUAUCCUCCGAUGCCAGCAGGCUGUUUCAUGAGGCCGGACUUCGCCAACCCAUGCUGUAAGAAACCAGACUGCUCCUUCACCGGUUCUACCGGACAGAUUUCAGGUCAAGGUCAUCAGACACCUGCACCAAACGUGAACACCCCCAAACCCGGAUCUACUAACAUUCCCAAGCCAUCAUACUGUGUGUAUAAAGGUGUGAAAUACACUCAGGGACAGACCUGGCAAGAUGGCUGCAAUCUCGACUGUAGGUGUGAGGACAGCCAGAAUGGACUCUACACAUGCGAUAACAGAUGUCCAACAUACUCGAGUCUCCCACCCCAGUGUUCCAUGGUAACGGACCCCAAGGAUCCAUGUUGUCAAAUACCAUCAUGCCAGUUCCCGGCAACCCAAGGGCAGGUAAUUGGAACCCUGGCACCUCACCUGCUGCCGACUGCCGUGCCUGGAGUGAUCACUGGAACGGCCAAAGUACCCGUCCCCACCCCCGGACCUGGCGGCCAUGUUCCCACACCUCUCAAACUAAAUUUCUGUGUGUACAAGGGAGUGCACUACCGGCAGUCACAGGAGUGGAGUGAUGGUUGCGACUACACGUGCAAGUGUGAGGACGAAUCAACUGGCAGAUACGUCUGCAAAGAAAAGUGUCCUCGGUACACUAAUCUGCCAGCUCAGUGUCGUCUCAACAAGGAUCCUGCCAACCCAUGCUGCAGUGUGCCGUCAUGUAUAUUUACUCCAACCAACACUCAAAUUACAGGAACCGGACGUCCAACAACGAAACCAGGUGUCUCACCAAAUCCAGCAGUUAACCCUACACCCCAUCCUAAAGAUGUGUGUGUGUACCGGGGUCAGAGUUACUCCCAGGGUCAGACUUGGUAUGAUGGCUGUGACUUCAAGUGUGUCUGUGAAGAUGGCACUGGCGGAGUGUACAGAUGCAACAACAGGUGUCCAUCGUACAAAAGUAUUCCGAAAGAAUGUUCUUUUGUGCCUGACCCGAAAGAUCCGUUCUGUUGUCGAGUUCCAAAGUGCACGUUCAAUCCAAGCCAAGGACAGAUAACUGGACACGGAAUUCCCACCCUGCCUCCAGGUCAGAUAACAGGGGGCAGUGCAACACCCGCACCAACGCCAGGCUCCAACCCGACACCAAAUCCAGGAGCGACACCAGCAUACAAAAAUAUGUGUAUAUAUCACGGGAAGACGUACAAGCAGGGUCAGAGAUGGCAGGACGGAUGUGACUAUGAUUGCGAGUGCAUCAACUCCAUGGAAGGAAAGUACAAGUGUGUGGAAAAAUGUUCCAAAUAUCCCAGUCUGCCAGCACAAUGCCAUCUGCAGCGCGACGUGUACAACCCGUGCUGUUAUAAACCUGUGUGCGACUUCACCGGAACCAGCGGUCUAGUGACGGGAAAACCACCCGCAACAACAGCACCAGCUUUUUGUACGUACAAUGGUGUUCCAUACAAGCAGGGUGAGACGUGGAAUGAUGGCUGUCAACUCAAAUGUUCCUGUGAGGAUGCAAAGACAAACAUUUAUCGAUGUGAUACAAGAUGUCCUCAGUACCCUGUUAUGCCCGGCUGCACGUUGGUGCUGGAUCCACGUGAUCCAUGCUGCUCGCUACCAUCCUGUCCAAUGAAGACCCUACCAACACUGGCACCUGGCCAGACACCUCCCCCAGGACAGACGCCUGCUCCACAACUCAUUCCUACCAUCGCUCCUGGAAUCGUACAAGGCCAGACCGUUAGCAACAACACUCAGAAAACGUGUCUGUACCAUGGAGUCGUUUACCACCAGGGUCAGAAGUGGGAUGAUGGAUGUCGCUACAGGUGUGAAUGUAUUGAUGAGCACACAGGAAGAUAUGUCUGUCAUGAAAGGUGUUCACAAUAUCCCAAUGUGCCAUCCUACUGUACCAUGGGAGUUGACCCGGCUGAUCAGUGCUGCAAGAAACCUCAGUGUAACCUGCCUCCUGUUGUCAGUCCAACACCCAACCCACAACACCAAGUCAGCCCUACACCCGGCCAGCACAACACUCCAGUACCACAGCCUAGAAAUUACUGUGAGUACAAGAAUGCCCGAUAUGUUCAGGGUCAGCAGUGGUUUGAUGGAUGUGAGAAGACCUGCGUUUGUGAGGAUGGAAAGACUGGCUACUACCGGUGUAAUGACAGAUGCGCCAAGUAUCCCAACGUCCCUUCACAGUGCUCAAUGGUGGCCGACCCGAAGGAUCCACAGUGCUGUCAGGUACCACAGUGUCUCCCCACACCUGGGCCCAACGGCUUCCCCACCCCACGGCCAGGGCAGAAUCCCAUUCCGACCAUAGUGACCAAUGUUCCAGGAGUGAUUACCGGCAAGGCUCCAACUCCUACGCCAGGGUCUAAUGGACAGACUCCGACUCCAAGAAAAGCCUGUAUUUACAACGGGAAUGAAUACCAUCAGGGACAGAGAUGGCAAGAUGGCUGCAAUUACAACUGUGUCUGUGAAAACGAAGUAACUGGCUCGUACAGAUGUGAAGAAAGGUGUCCAAAAUAUCCAUUUGUUCCACCGACAUGCACACUAAUCCGCGACAGUUCCGACUACUGCUGCUACAAGAUGUCUUGUGUGAAUAAACCAACACCAAACCCAUUCCAGACACCAUCACCCGGAUCUACCCUGACACCCAAUCCACACCCUAACCAAACACCUGCACCCCACAACACCCCUUCACCAAACUACUGUGUGUACCAGGGCAUCCCGUUCAGACAGGGUCAAGAGUGGAAUGUGGGCUGCUCACAGAAAUGUCGAUGUGAUGACGCGUCCAAUAAUUACUACACCUGCUUUGACAGAUGUGCGACACACAAGCAGCAGCCAGGCUGCAGGAUGGUUGUUGAUCCUAGCGAUGCCUGCUGCCGGAUUCCACUCUGUUCACUCACACCGUCACCCAACAUGUUCCCGACCCCCGGCCCAGGACAGUCGCCCAGACCAAACCCUUACCCCGUGCCUCAGCCUACCAUUGUACCACCUGGAACCAUCGGAGGUAGCAGACCCAACAUAAACCCUCUCACCAAUCAAGGAUUCUGUGUGUAUAAGGGAAAACAAUACAAACAAGGCGACAAAUGGCAGGAUGGUUGCGACUACAACUGUGUUUGUAUUGAUGACAGCACUGGACAGUACACAUGUACUGAAAAGUGUAGCAAGAUCAUCAGCAUCCCAUCUUUCUGUACGUUGAUUCAGGACCCGUACGACGUCUGCUGCAAGAAGCCAUCUUGUGCCACAUUGAGCCCGACACCAAACCCACAACAUACCCCGAAACCUGGGUUUACCACCCUUGCUCCACCUCAGACUCCAGUACCACAACCUCGAGAGGUGUGUGUGUACAUGGGUUUGCCGUACACUCAAGGCCAACAGUGGUAUGACGGUUGUGACAAGAAGUGUAUUUGUGCUGAUGGGAAAACAGGAUUUUACACUUGUUCAGAUAGGUGUCCUAAAUACACGAACAUGGAUCCGUCGUGUGUGAUGGUACCGGAUCCGACCGACCCGGUGUGUUGUCAAGCCCCGCAGUGUUCCAGCCCGACUGGCAAGACACCCAUCGGAAUUACGGGAAGUGUCACCGGAAUCGGGAAGCCUCCCACCCCCACACCACACAUCGCCCCAACUCCUAAACCUGGACAGACAUACCCGCCAUUCUUCAGUCCUGCUCCAGGUACCACAGCAAAACCAAAGCCAGUGUGUGUAUACAAGGGCGUGGCGUAUUCCCAGGGACAACGUUGGGCUGAUGGGUGCGACUACAUGUGUGUUUGUAUUGAUGGAAUAGAAGGGAAAUACAAGUGCACGGAGAGAUGUCCCAAGUACCCGAACCUGCCAGCAACGUGCAGGAUGGUGUACGACAGUUCAAACCCGUGCUGCUACAAACCUGACUGCUCUUCUCACACUCCCACACCAGGAACAAACAUCACACCAAUUCCAGGCCAGAACCCAACACCCUCGCCACUAGAUGUCUGUGUUUACAAUGGAGUGCCAUUCCGACAGGGCCAGACUUGGAAUGAUGGUUGUUCAAAGACUUGUCGCUGCGAGGAUUCCAUGACGGGUCUCAUCAACUGUGAUGACCGCUGUCUGACAUAUCCCCAGUUGAAGCCAGGUUGUACUAUGAUAACCGACCCAUCGGAUCCAUGCUGUCAGAUUCCCAAGUGUACCAAACCGGACGUCACCAACCCAGACCACACACUACCUGGCAUCCCGGGUACCAUCCAUGGCAGCAGUCUGCCAACUAACCAGAACCCCAACACAAGAAAUAAUGUGUGUAUCUACCAUGGCAGAAGCUACAAACAAGGACAGACAUGGGAGGAUGGCUGUUCAUACACAUGCGAGUGUCUCGACUCGAUGACUGGACAGUACAGGUGUAACGAGAAGUGUGCUAAAUACACGAGUGUACCUCCUUCAUGCUCCAUGAUGAAGGACCCUAACAACCAGUGCUGCAUGGUGCCGUACUGCCCCAGUCUGUUCCCGACACAUCCUGCAUAUCUGACCCCUCUCCCCAUGUUUACUCCAUCCCCGGGGGCUACAUUCCCUCCAUACUUCACUCCAGCACCGCAUCAGACCUUCCCUCCACAAAUGACCUUACCACCCGGGGUAACCCCUGUCCCUGGUGGAACUCUUCCUCCAAACCUGACCCCCCAGCCAGGAAAGACGUACGCUCCAAAUCUGACCUUCCCACCUCUCUUCACACCGUUCCCGGGGGUCACCUUCCCACACCAGUUUACCCCGGCACCAGGCAAAACAUUUGCCCCGAGUAUGACCCUCCCUCCCGGUUUGGUUCCCGUUCCCGGCCAGACCCUGCCGCCUCAGCUGACCCCAGCUCCUGGAAAGACCUACCCACCAUCUGUGACCUUCCCCUUCAUUCCGGGACCGACACUUCCACCCUACCUAACACCUGCUCCUGGCAAGACAUACCCACCAAAUCUGACCCUGCCACCACAGUUUGUUCCAACGCCUGGAGCAACUCUUCCACCAGGCUUGACGCCUCUGCCAGGCCAGACGUACCCACCCGGCUUCUCGUUCCCAACUCCGGGUCGUCCAUUGCCGUCAGAGCUGACCCCAGCUCCUGGGAAGACCUACGCACCAAGUCUGACUCUUCCUCCUGGGCUGAUUCCAACACCAGGAAUGACUCUGCCGCCUUACUUCACUCCCGCACCGGGGCAGACCUUCCCUCAAGGAUUCACGUUUCCGACACCCACUCCGACUGGUCAUCGUCUGCCUCCUCAGCUGACCCCAGCCCCCGGGCGGACGUAUGCACCGAGCGUGACCUUCCCUCCAGGCUUCGUUCCUACCCCGGGCCAGACUCUGCCACCGAACAUAACCCCGGCUCCUGGACAGACCUAUCCUCCAGGAUUCACCUACCCGACUCCUCCAGGAUACCCUCUGCCUCCUUACCUGACUCCUGCUCCUGGUAAAACCUACGCUCCAAGUGUCACCCUGCCAUACAACCUGGUCCCAACACCAGGCCAGACUCUUCCACCGAACAUAACCCCGGUUCCUGGACAGACCUUCCCUCCCGGAUACACCUUCCCAAGCCUCCCUGGACAUCCGCUUCCUCCUCAACUCACCCCAGCUCCUGGCAAGACCUACGCUCCGAGCGUUACCCUGCCGUACAACGUGGUCCCAACACCUGGGCAGACCCUGCCACCCAACGUAACACCAGUUCCUGGACAGACCUUCCCACCUGGUUUCACGUUCCCGACACCAACCGGUCGACCCCUGCCACCUCAGCUGACUCCAGCGCCGGGUCAGACAUAUGCUCCAAGCGUGACACUGCCGCCAAACUUUGUACCAACCCCUGGACAGACGUUGCCGCCAUAUCUGACCCCAACACCAGGCCAGACGUUCCCUCCAGGGUUUACAUUCCCAACACCAACUCCGCACAUGAAAGGAUUCUGCGUGUACAAGAAUGCUUACUACCGAGAACAGCAGAUUUGGUACGAUGGGUGUAAUGCUGUUUGCCGGUGCGAGAGUGGAGACACGGGUAGUUACAGAUGUCAAGAAAGAUGUUCCACUUUCAAGAAUGUUGCUCCUGGAUGCACACUGAUGCCCGAUCCAAAGGACCCAGCAUGCUGCAAGGUGCCAAGCUGUCCCGUGAAACCAGUGGGAGCAACACCGACGCCUGGUUACUUGCCUGUGACUGGCAGCCCCGGGCAGGUGACUGGAUUGGCUCCUGUGCCCACACAGAACCCCUACCUCAUACCAGUACCUGGAGGACAGACACCGGUACCAAACCCAUAUGCAACACCUCAACCCAAGACAGGCUGUAUGUACAAGGGUGUCAUACACAAGAAGGGCGACACUUGGGAUGACGGCUGUGAUUACACGUGCGCCUGCCUUGACGACAUGACUGGACAGUACAAGUGUACAGAGAAAUGUGUGAGGGUGCCGAACCCCCCACCCCAGUGUGUGAUGUUGCAGGACCCCAAGAAUCCAUGCUGCAAGGUUCCAUACUGCGAUUUCAUGAACCCGACUCCCUUCCCCGGUGGAUUACCAACACCAAAUCCAAACCUGAACCCCUCACUACCCCCUGGCCAGAAACCAACACCUCCACACAACCCAACACCAGGUUUCUGUGUCUACAAGGGAAGUUUCUACCGACAAGGCCAGCAGUGGAACGAUGGGUGCUCCCAGGAGUGUGUCUGUGAUGACACGUCAACGGGUCACUACACGUGUAAACAGAGGUGUGCCUCCUAUCCAUCUCUGUCAGCUGGCUGUGUGUUUAAGACCGACCCUGCAGACUCUUGCUGUUUGGUCCCAGACUGCACCAAAAAGCCACUGAUCCCCGUUUUUCCAGGCACUGGACCUGGUCCCUCCGGAACCAACCUGCCGUCAUGGGCAACUAAAGGACCCGGCAUCUCUGGGACGAGACCCCCCUAUGUUGUACCUGUAGGUCUGUUAGGAACAUUCACUGGAACUGGAGUGAACCCAAAUCCAGGAAAUGCCUUUUCGGGACACAGUGGUGUGUGCGUGUAUAAGACCAAGGUGUACAAACAGGGUGAAAAGUGGAAUGACGGCUGCAACUUCCGGUGUGAAUGCAUUGAUCAGCUUCGUGGAAAGUACAGAUGCACAGACAGGUGUCCAAAGAUGUACUUCUUGCCACCACAGUGCUUCAAAGUUACCGAUCCAAAGGAUUCGUGUUGCCAGGAGGUCCACUGCAACCCAGCACAGUUCCCAACCCCGCCCCCAGGCACCUUCCAGACUCCGACCCCAGCCGUGAACCCUACACCGAAGGUGACCGCCCCUCAUCAAACAGGCAAACCCUUCACUCCAGCCAUUUUGACCGGACCCAGUGGAACAAAGCCAGCCACUGCUCACACAACCUUCAAUUCAUUCUCAGGGACAAAACCACCAAAUGUGUGCCGAUACAAGGAUGGAACAAUGCACAAGCAAGGCGAGACGUGGACCGACGGCUGUGACUACACGUGCGAGUGCAAGAAUCCACUGACAAAUGAUUACCACUGUGAACAGAGAUGUGCAACAUACACAAGCAUUCCAUCGUUCUGUCAGCUGACCCCUGACCCGGCCGACGUCUGCUGUAAGAAACCCGUGUGCAGCUACAACGGACAAAUGCUGGUGCCCAUGCCUGGCAACCCGAAACACCCACCACUUGUACCCACCCUCAGUCCGUCGAUUACAAAUGUUGUACCACUGGGAACACACGAGAUCUUCUCCGGAACAGGCCUACCACCAGGACAGUCUGUACACUACGGCCAAGGGCAGAGAAGUGUGUGCAUGUACAAAGGCACCAUUCACCAGCCCGGAGAGUCGUGGGACGACGGCUGCAAGUACACCUGUACCUGUAAGGACAGCGAAGACGGGCAGUACGAAUGUAUUUCAAAAUGUCCAACGUACCCAGCAAUUCCGUCGUACUGCAAGUUCAUCGACGUGGCUGGUCAGUGUUGUCCAAGUCUGUCCUGCAAUAUUCCCGGCGUCGGUAACUACAAUCCUGUCCCAAUGAUCGUGCCCACCCCCGUGCCCACCCCUAUGCCUGGUCAGUCUCCCAACAUGGUGCCCACCCCCGGGGCCAUUCAGGCACCACAGAUUAUCGUCGGACCGGGACAGGGUGGCAUGGUUGGAGGAAGUGGACUCUCCGGACACGGCGCUCCCGUACCCACUGGCAUUUCUCUUAUCACUGGAGGCAUCAAUGAUAAGUGUGUUUACAAGAACAGGAUGUACAACCAGGGAGAGCACUGGGACGAUGGGUGCAACUACCAGUGUGAGUGUGUUGAGGCACGGUCUGGAUUCUUCAAGUGCAUACCAAAAUGUCCCAAGUAUGACGUCAGUAAACUAACGCAGCAGGGCUGUUACCUCGUCACCACGCCGGCAGUCUGCUGUCAGAGGCCGAUGUGCCGUAAACCUGACGGCACCGUCGUCAAUCCGCUGACAGCACCCGGCGUCUACCCGAUAGUCGGCUCAUUCACCGGCGGAUUCACGGGAUUCAGACCUGGAUACACUCCCGGCACGAACAUCAUCAUCAAUGGACGAACACCUGGAUGUGUGUACAACGGACACCUGUAUCGCCGCGGUGAAACGUGGACCGAUGGCUGCAAGUACGACUGCGCUUGUCUGGACAGCGACCAGGGCCAGUAUCAGUGUCAUCCCAAGUGUCCACAAUACAGCAACCUGCCUCCAGCGUGCAGAUUUGUCCAGCCACCACAGGGCCAGUGCUGUCAGCAGGUUACGUGUAACAUCGUGACAACACCGUACCCCGUUAAGAUGACACCUGUGCACAUCACUGGUGCCUGCAAGGACGUCCUGCCCAACUGUGUCUCGUAUGGAAAGAAAAGCUGCAAGGCACCUUACAUCCAGUGGGCCAAAACGAACUGCCCAGCCUACUGCAACUUCUGUCCUAACAUUCCUGUAACAAGUCCCAACCCUGCACAGACAGGGUGUGUUGACAAACUGACCAACUGUGCAAGUUACGGAAAGACAUCUUGUCUUGGUCAGUACGAGCACUGGGCGAGAGACAACUGUCAGCUCUAUUGUGGCUACUGCUCUAAGCCACAAAGUGGUUGCCAUGACGUUCUGACUAAUUGUCAUGACUACGGAAAGAGUUCUUGUGCCGGUCUGUAUCUAACCUGGGCCAAGACAAACUGUGCCCUGUCCUGUGGUUUGUGUCCAGGUCAGGUAACAACGCCACUUCCAGCUGGACUGGGUAUUCCACCUCAGGGCUGGACCAUUUUGUUGAAGGGGGUGGCAGGAGCACCCGGAGAUCUAUUCAGUCUGUGGGCAUCCCCCAACACCCAGAAUGAGCAUGUCCCAGCAGCACAACUGAUGACCGCCCAGUUCCCUCAGCACUACAAGCCAGACUUGUCCAACCACUGGAGCGAAUGUCACUUCGACAAGGUCAUGGUAGGGAUCUACAACAAUGGAGUGGAAAAGGCUAACAUUAUAUUUGACGCUCGGAACAGUGACAAAAUGAACUGGUUCAGACCGGAACGAAUCAUCUCCAGCACUUGGAACGACAUCCGAUAUGCUCCAUUGAACAUCUUCAGAUUGUCAGGAGAUCCUUCUACUGGCCGCGAGUUCUAUGCCAGUAGUUCUGGGUUCGGGUGUGAUGUCAACGGCUGGUUCAUGGUGUCCACGCGGUCAGGAUGCAGCUUCGAGCCAAGCAGCUCGGGAAAACCGGCUUUCUAUUACGUCAAAGGAAACCAGAAGGGGAAAUUCAGUCAGAGUAGUCUAGGAUCUGGAGAUGUGUUUGCCAUUCUUGCUCAAGGCGGAAAUUGUGAUGGCACCCACCCUAUAACUCCAACCUCGUUCACUCACAACAGUAAUGUCUGUGUCUACAAGGGCAAAUUCUACAAGGAACAUCAGACUUGGAAAGAUGGCUGCCAGUACAACUGCACCUGCGAAGACGCAAAGACUGGCUUCUACAGAUGUUUAGAUAUAUGUCCGGUUUACUCGGUCGUGCCUUCUGGAUGCAAGUUGACAAAGAAACCUGGUGAAUGUUGUGAAAAACUCGACUGUAUAAAUAACGGAAAUUUCUGUUAUUACAAGAACAAGGCGUAUGCCCAGGGUCAGUCUUGGAAUGAUGGCUGCGAUUAUAAGUGCACCUGCAAAGAUGCCACACGUGGUUACUACCGAUGCGAGACCAGAUGUCUGGAGUGGACUCUGCCAAAGGUAUGCAAGCUGAUUCCUCCUGGUACUGGAAUGUGCUGUAAAACACCCAGCUGUCCUGCGGGAAUCGUCGUCAACUACCCACCGGGCUGGGUCCCUAGUUAACUCUGACCCACAGAGAUGAGUUCCUAGUUAACUCUGACCCACAGGGCUGGGUCCAUAGUUAACUUUGAUCCACGCAAACUUCUGCAGUUUCUUCUUCUAUCUCUCGUGUUUCUUGUUGUUGCUACUUUUUUUUAAUCCUGUAAAUAAAGUAUGUAUUUUUA